AUAUUGUAGAAUGGGGAAGUUAAAAACCUUCUACAUUGAGCUUGAAAAUUCCAAAGGGGUAUUCCUUGCAGGACAAACCAUAAAUGGGAAACUUGUUAUUGAACUGAAUGCAGAGAUGAAAAUGAGAGAAAUAAGGUGUACAUUCAAAGGACUAGCUUAUGUGCAUUGGUCAGAAUCAGAAACAACUGGAACAGGAAGUAAUAGAAGGACGGAAACCAUAGAUUACACUGCAUCUGAGAACUACUUCAACCAGACCGUGCCUGUGUUUGGAAGAGGGAUGGGGAUGGGUGACAAAAACUGUUUGCCCCCGGGACAGCACGUAUAUCCCUUCUCCUUCCAGCUGCCCCCGAAUCUCCCGUCGUCAUUUGAGGGUGGAAUUGGAUACGUCAGAUACACUAUCAAAGGAACCAUUGACAAACCUUGGAAGUUUGACCAUACCACGAAAAGACCUUUCACUGUUAUUGCAUCGUUAGAUUUGAACUCACAACCAACUGCAGCUCGUUCGGAACAAAACCAAAACAGUAAAUACCUGUGUUGUUUGUGCUGUAAGUCUGGACCAAUAACGGGGAUGUUAAAACUGGACAGACUGGGGUAUGUUCCUGGUGAAGCAAUAGCCUUCAAUGCGGAAGUACAAAACAUGACCAACAGAGUCUGUGGAAUUCAUGCCAAGCUAUACAUGACCACUUUGUUUCGUACUCUUAAAAAAUCAAAAACUACAACUUCCGAGGUAGCGAAAGUAGUCUACCAGGACGUACAGCCUGGAGAAACAGAAAUCUGGUCAGGUGGCAGACUCGUUAUACCCCCAUUACCUCCAUCAUUUCUGGAGGGAUGCAGGAUUAUCGACCUUAAUUACUACUUUGAGUUGAUUGUUGAUCCCUCUGGGCCUGCCAUAGACCUUCACGUGCCUUUGUUGGUCAUCAUUGGUACGAUACCUCUUCAGACGGUAGUUCAGCAGUACCAAACACAGUAUGGAGUCCCAGCUACUGAGCAGCCAACAUUACCUCCCUCUGACACAGCGACCUCUGAUCCCCCAAUGGUGGGAGCAGCUCCUAUGUCUUUGCCACCACCAACCUACAGUGAGUGUGUAUUUGGUAAAACCAACAUCCGAGAAGAAGGCGACUCCGAGUACACAAGGGGAGAGAUGAACUUCGCCCCAGCAUACGUAUAUUAUCAUGACUUGUCUAAACAACCGCAGUUUAAUUAACUCUUUAAUGGAAAAAUGUAUCCUUUUUACAAACAUACACUGACUUAUUAAUCAUCAAAAUGUGUUCUUUUCCUUAAAUUAAUUUGUAUACCAUUACAUGUUUUCCCUGAAAAGAAAACCUCAUUAUUUCUCUUCAAGCUAUUGUUACAUGUGUUAAAGCGUUUCAUUCUACGUAUUCUGAUCUGUUACUGACAUGGGAUACUCAAAAAAUUGUUAGAGAAAUUUGUAAAACAGCUUUUAAAGGUAUAAAAUAAAUGCUGAAAGACGUUUUUAUCACGAAAUUUCAUUAAUAUAACUAGCCGUAUUUUCUGGAUCUCCCAAAUUCUUCUCUUUUAUAUCAUCUCUAAAAUUCAAUUCAAAACAUGAAAUAAAAAAAAAUCCUUCCAAAAAUUAAUAUAAAUUUGCUCAAAUUUAACCAAACACAAAUUAACUAGAUCUGAAGUCAACAAAAUAUACGAUGCUAUGAUGAAAACCCCCCAUUCCCAGAUUUGGGGUAUCCUAUACCUCAAUGAAAUUAAAUAAACAUAAAAGUUUUUUUUUUACAUGUUUGGUGUUUUCUUAAUAUGUAACCCUUUCAUGACUUCAUUAUUCAUUAUAAGAAGGAACUCUUUUCUUUCCUGAUAGUGUUUUCACGUUGUUAACUUUUAACAAUUGUUAUUGGGUAAUCUGUGUACUACUAAUUCAUAUCACAUGUAAACGAAGCAUAAUUCUGUUUAACAUGAAUUCAUAAAAGUUGAGCAACCAACUAAUGAUAAAUAAAAUUCAUGACUAUAUAACAUGUUUAA